CCUGCGCUCGGCGCCAUGAGCGGUGGCGCGCCUUCAGGGGGCGGCCCCGGGGGCUCGGGCCGGGCGCGGACCAGCUCGUUCGCGGAGCCAGGCGGCGGAGGCGGCGGCGGCGGCGGCCCCGGGGGCUCGGCCUCCGGCCCAGGCGGCAGCGGCGGCGGGAAGGCGUCAGUCGGAGCCAUGGGCGGGGGCGUGGUGGCCCCGAGCUCCGGGGGUGGCCCCAGCGGCAGCGGCGGAGGAGGCAGUAGCGGCCCCGGUGCGGGCACCAGCUUCCCGCCGCCGGGAGUGAAGCUGGGCCGUGACAGCGGGAAGGUGACCACAGUGGUAGCCACUCUAGGCCAAGGCCCGGAGCGCUCCCAGGAGGUGGCUUACACAGACAUCAAAGUGAUUGGCAAUGGCUCAUUUGGGGUCGUGUACCAGGCACGACUGGCAGACACCAGGGAAUUGGUGGCCAUCAAGAAGGUUCUCCAGGACAAGAGGUUCAAGGUAGCUUGUGGGGAACAGAACCGAGAGCUGCAGAUUAUGCGUAAGCUGGACCACUGCAAUAUCGUGAGGCUGAGAUACUUUUUCUACUCCAGUGGGGAGAAGAAAGAUGAGCUUUAUCUAAAUCUGGUGCUGGAAUAUGUGCCUGAGACAGUGUACCGGGUGGCCCGUCAUUUUACCAAGGCCAAGCUGACCAUCCCUAUCAUCUACGUCAAGGUGUACAUGUACCAGCUCUUCCGGAGCUUGGCCUACAUCCACUCCCAGGGUGUGUGUCACCGCGACAUCAAGCCCCAGAACCUGCUGGUGGACCCCGACACAGCUGUCCUCAAGCUCUGCGAUUUUGGCAGUGCAAAGCAGUUGGUCCGGGGGGAGCCCAAUGUCUCCUACAUCUGUUCUCGCUACUACCGGGCCCCAGAGCUGAUCUUCGGAGCCACUGAUUAUACCUCAUCCAUCGAUGUGUGGUCAGCUGGCUGUGUACUGGCCGAGCUCCUCCUGGGCCAGCCCAUCUUCCCUGGGGAUAGUGGAGUAGACCAGCUGGUGGAGAUCAUCAAGGUGCUGGGAACACCAACCCGAGAACAGAUCCGAGAAAUGAACCCCAAUUACACGGAGUUCAAGUUCCCCCAGAUUAAAGCUCACCCCUGGACAAAGGUUUUCAAAUCCCGAACGCCACCUGAGGCCAUUGCGCUCUGCUCUAGCCUGCUGGAGUACACACCGUCCUCAAGGCUCUCCCCGCUGGAAGCCUGCGCCCACAGCUUCUUUGAUGAACUGCGAAGUCCCGGAACCCAGCUCCCCAACAACCGCCCGCUUCCUCCUCUCUUCAAUUUCAGUCCUGGCGAACUCACCAUCCAACCAUCUCUCAACGCCAUUCUCAUCCCUCCUCACUUGAGGUCCCCAGCGGGCACUGCCUCCCUCACUCCAUCCUCACAAGAUUUCCUGUUUCGCUUGAAGAAAAUCAGACUGGGCAGCAGUGGGCCUGCCUCUCCUCAGGGCAGUACUGUUAGCUGGAGCUGAGUUCCAGCUGCCCCCUGUUCUGUGGGGCCUGGCUCUCUGGUCACAAUCACUCAACAGCACUGAUUACAGAUACGGGCUGAAAAGACCACCUGGAUGCCAAUCUCCGCUGACGCCUCCGCCUAGCUAUGAGAACUUGGGCAAGUUUCUGUCCCUAUUUUCUUAUUUGGGGUGACACUGAGAUCACCUCACAGGCCUGCUGGGAUCAUAAUACAUGUAUAGUAGUGCUAACUGCGGUGCCUGCCACGGCUAGGCAGUCAAAUGUUUGCUGUUAUUGUGGCCGUCAAUAACUGGACUAUCUCCAAGUAUACCAAGAACUCCCCUCUUUGCAGUGCUGCCUGCCUGGAAUAUUUUCUUCCUCUUCCACUAGCAGAUUUCUACUUUUUCUUCAAGGAUUACCGCCUCUAGGAAGUCUGACUCCUGAUCUACCACAGAGGUUUGGUCUCUGCUGUGGGAUCCUACUGUCCCUGGACAUCCACAAUGCAGCCCUGAGGAUCUUUGGGGCUGAGAUCUGUCUGCCCUGACCAGGGGGAGGGCAGAGGCCUGAUUCACCUCUGGCCCGCAGUGUUACCCAGCACAUGGGAAGGUGGCCUUAGGACACCCAGGCUGAAUAAAUCAACAAGACACUCAAA